AUGAAGUUCUUGUCUACGGCAGUACUUCUUGUAUCUGCAAUCACUGUCACUGCCCACGGAGAUCACUCUCAGAACAUACUAAAGGAGAAACCUUCACAUUUGAGAUGGCAAGAUUGGCACAUGUUAGAAGAACACGGCAUUGCCGACUACGAUGCUCAAACCUUUUUUACCAUACAUGAUUUGAAAGGUGCUGGCCAAUGGGAUAGAGGCGAUAUUCUCAACCUUUAUGGAAUGAAACAUGAGGUUAUCAUUGGCGAUGGAUCAGGUAUGGGUGAAAAUUCUCGCAAAGUGACACCUGAAGUGCAAAACAUGGUUGUUGAGUCAAUCUUUAAAUUGUUUGACACUGAUAAGAAUGGUGCUAUAAGUAAAGAUGAGUGGGUGACGUUCCAUAACAAUGGAGGCGAGUUGCCUGAUUUCGGAUACGGACAGGGUCACCAUUUGGAUUUUGAAAGUGAGUACGAAGAACACCAUUGGAAGCAAUACCAUGCCAAAGAUGAUCCAGACACAAAGAUCAAACACAAAGAGGACAUUGAACACGAGUUGUUGCAUCAUAAACAUGAGAUUGAAGAGACUCAUGAACGUUCGUCAGAGUUGAGAGAAGUUACUAAAAACUUUUUAUCCAACAUCAGAUUUGAAAACUUGAAACCAAAAUAUCGUGUUUAA